AUGGACGGACGCCUGCCGCUUGGCUUGGCUCCUCUCCUCCUCUCGCCUCGCGUCGCUUCUCCCCCACUCCACUCUGCCUCCCCCCUCGCGGCGCCCUCUGAUCUGAUGCCGGGGAGGCCCUGAUGGCGGCGGCGGGAGCUGGAGCGGCCGGCGGCGGCGGGGGAACCGGGGGCGGGGAGGGCUCCUCCUCCCCGGCGGGCGUCGCGAUCGGGCCCCACCACCAUGGGGCCGCGGAAGAGGCCAUGUGGCAAAUGACUUUAGGAGGAGGAGAAUCUAUGGAACAUGGUCCCUUCCCUGAGAGAAUUGGAGAACCAGACUGUAGUUAUUAUAUGAGGACUGGACUUUGUAGAUUUGGGGCAACGUGCAAGUUCAAUCACCCGCCAAACAGGAAGCUGGCUGUUGCCGCUGCAAGGAUGAAAGGGGAGUAUCCUUAUAGAGUUGGUCAACCAGAGUGUCAAUAUUAUCUGAAGACUGGGACAUGCAAGUUUGGAGCAACAUGCAAGUUUCAUCACCCCAGAGAAAAGGCUGCGAUUGCAACACGAGUACAGUUGAAUGUUCUAGGUUACCCAAUAAGGCCGAAUGAGAAGGAAUGUGCUUAUUAUUUGAGAACAGGGCAGUGCAAAUUUGCGAGCACAUGUAAAUUUCAUCAUCCACCGCCCUCCAAUACGAUGGUUGCUGUACGUGGCUCUAUUUAUUCACCUGGGCAAUCUGCAACCUCUCCUGGUCAACAUACAUAUCCUGGGGCUGUUACUAAUUGGACUUUGUCAAGAUCUGCAUCAUUUAUUGCAAGUCCUCGGUGGCCUGGUCAUUCAGGCUAUGCACAAGUGAUUGUUCCCCAGGGCCUUGUUCAAGUUCCAGGGUGGAAUCCUUAUGCUGCACAAAUGGGCUCAUCUUCUCCAGAUGACCAACAACGAACACCUGGAACGACUCAAUACUAUGCUAGCUCACAUCAAAGUGAAACAACUGGUAUGGGUGAACAUGGAAUGUAUCCAUCAUACCAAGCAGGUUCUGUUCCUGUUGGACUUUAUGCAGUACAAGGAGAGAACAUAUUUCCUGAGAGACCUGACCAGCCUGAGUGUCAGUUCUAUAUGAAAACCGGAGACUGCAAGUUUGGUGCUGUUUGCAAGUUUAAUCACCCUAAGGAGCGGCUGAUUCCUGCUCCAAACUGUGCAUUGAGUCCAUUAGGUCUUCCACUUCACCCGGGAGAGCCUGUCUGCACCUUCUAUUCUCGUUAUGGCAUCUGCAAGUUUGGUCCAAAUUGCAAAUUUGACCAUCCUAUGGGAACCCUUAUGUACGCAGCUGCAACCUCACCGACAGGUGAUGCGCCAACCAUGCACUACCAGUUGGCAUCCUCACCAGGGCAUUCUGAAAGAUUGCUCGAUGGAGGGUCCGGAAGGUCUCAUAGGAUUUCUCAAACUGAUUCCCAGCAAAUACCCUCCGGCAAUGGAAGCACUGAGAGAGAGGCGUCAUAAGCCGCCCUCCUCAGCCUUCCUUCAUGCUUAUUCCCAUUCUUGUCUCUUCAGUAAUUAUCUCCCAACACAUUCAAAAAGCUGAAGCUGUACAGGUCCUCGUCCAUCCUUCCUCCGCUGUUCUGAGCUUCUGCAUUCCAGUGCUUCGCCAUGUAUCACAUUCAGGCAGGAAAAAGUUCUUGCUUACCCCACCCUGUUGCCCGUUUGCCCUCUGAAAAAUAAAAGGGGUAACCAUUCAUAUUUAUCCGUACCGUACACAGACACAAGAUACACUCACUUUGUUGUAGUUAUACAGGUGACCUGCGGUGAACAAAGCUUACCAAACUGACUGUACUGGGGAUGCAACAUUUCUUCCUCUCUUUCCUUGCACUCUUCUUCCUUUUUAGGCAUUGGGGUAUGAGGGCAGGACGUGCUGCUCGUGCAAGUCUGCAUGUUCAAAACAGCGGGAAUAAUACCCUGCCUUCUAUGUAAUAAUUGUAAUCUAUGUAUGACCCACCGAAUUAUUUCUUCAAUAAGAGACGCCGAGCUCGGUUGUGGCCUGAGCCAUCUCAUCUAA